UCUCGAUAUCUGGUUAUAACUAGGCGCACAACAUGAAUAUGUUAUCUGGGUUAGCAUAACGUGCCCAUAGACACUAGCCCAAACCAGUCCCAACCGCAGAUGCUAACAAAGCUUAUUGAUUGAUUGAAACCUAUUGCUAAGGAAAAGUUAUUACUGUGAAUAGGGGGGCGGCCCUUUGGUGCCCGGCGUCCAAGCCAUGGCUACCAAGUCGACACUGAAGUUGCCUCGCUUGCGGACAAAAGAGGAGUUGCUCAAGACGUCCCCAGAGCUAUGUAAACUCUUGGGCGAAGAUAGCGACGAUGGUCGCAGCAUGUCCCCGUUUACGGCUCCGCCACCGGCUGGCCAACCCACGAAGCCUCCGUCACGCGGCCUGCCUGCCGUUGCGACAAAGACGACAAAGACACCGGGUAUGGACACACCACGGGGGCUUGGCGAGGAGGAGCUUACGGAGGAGGAGCUCCUUCGAUUGGAGUUAGAAAAGAUUAAGAACGAGCGGCAAGUGCUGCUGGACUCGAUAAAGCUUGUCAAGGCGCAAGCAGGAACGGCUGGUGGUGAGGCGCAGCAAACGGACAUUAAAACUCUAAGGCGCGAGCUGGAGCUUAAAAAGGCGAAACUUAACGAGUUGCGCGAGGAGGUACGCCGGAAGGAGUCCGGCCUGAACAGAGGGCGUGACGACAACACGGAUGCCACCCGCCUCACACCUGGGGAGCUCAGCGAGGAGCAGGCGUACAUCCAGCAGCUGCAAGAUGAAAUGAAGCACAUUGAUGAAGAGCUGGUGGAGGCGGAGGCCAAAAACCGCUUGUACUAUCUGCUUGGAGAGCGCACGCGUCGCGAGCACCUGGCCAUGGACAUGAAGGUCCGGGCGGCGCAGCAGCUAAAGAAGGACUCGGCGGACGACCUGUACACGCUGACGGCGCACUUCAACGAAACGCGCGCCGCGAAGGAGCUAGCGGAGCGGGAGCUGGCACGCAUGAAGCGCAUGCUGGAGGAGACGCGCAUGGACUGGCAGAAGAAGCUGCGGGAGCGCCGGCGCGAGGUCCGUGAGCUCAAGAAGCGGCAGCAGAAGCAGCUCGAGCGCGAACGCAAGAUGCGUGAGAAGCAGCUGGAGCGGGAGCGCCAGGAGCGGGAGCUGCAGGCGAAGCUCAAGAUGGAGCAGGACGCAUACGAGAUGCGCGUGGCGGCGCUCGCACCCAAGGUAGAGGCCAUGGAGCACAGCUGGAACCGCAUCCGCACCAUCAGCGGCGCCGACACGCCGGAGGAGGUGCUGGCGUACUGGGAUGGCCUCAAAGCCAAGGAGGAGCAGAUGCGGCGGCUGGUGGCGCUCGCGGAGCAGCGCGAGGCGGCCGCCAAGGCGGAGAUCGGCUCGCUGCUGAGCAACCGCUCUGGCAUGUACGAGAAGGAGAACGCGGGCAGUCCCGACGUGGGCGCUGGCAGCGCGGAACGCGCCAACCUCAUUACCGAGGUCGAGCGCAACAUGGAAACCGCCAAGGCAAAAUUCAACAAGCUGCGUUCCGUGUGUAUCGGCGCGGAGCAAGGCCUGCGUAGCCUGCUGGAACGGCUGAUGAUUGCGCUCGAGGAGAUCCACCCCGACCAGCUGCGUGCCUCACAGCUCAAGGGAGGGCACGACGGCAAGGGGCACUACCGCGGCGGUGGCCGCGGAGCGGCAGGCGGCGCCGCAGGCGCCGCCGGCGGCCGCCGGCCAUCCGCCCAUGUACACACCCCGGAGCGGAAGACACGCGGCGGGCCGGGCUCACGGGCGCAGUCACCGCCGUUGCCGCCUGGAGACCUGGUGAAGCCCUCCUCGCCGCUCCAUGUGGUGCCGCCGGGGGACACCGGCGGUAUUCCGGAGGGGGCGGUGGAGGAGCUGGGAGACACGGAGCUGGCGUCGCCCAUUGGCGCGGAGGGCAACACCAUUGACGACGAGCACUUUUUCCCGGAGCUGCCCGAGCUGCUGAACAGCGUGACGGAGCGGUUGAACCGGGUGGCGCUGCUGGGGGCGGAGAUGGACGAGGAGCAUGCGGCGGAGGAGGACGGCCUGCCGGUCCCCACCCCGGCGCCCGUCACCAGCGGUGAGCCCGCUGAGCCCCCACCCGCCUCGCCCUCGCGUGUGCCCGCGGACGGCCUCAGCGAGAGCGAGCGCACGCUGGUGAAGGGCAUGAACCGCCGCACCUGGACGGGCGCCCCGCUGCUGGAGACCAUUGCCGCCAGCGCGGCUGAGGCGGCGCCCCCGACCAACAUCAAGCGGAAGAAGGGCAAGAAGAAGGAGCAGCAGGUGCAGCCCGACCUGAACCGCAUCCUGGGCUACACUGGCAGCGAUGUGGAGGAGGAGGAGAUGGAGAGCGAGGAGGAGACGGAGGAGGACGCCAACAAGGACGACGGGGUGGUGGAUCGGGACUACAUCAAGCUGCGGGCGCUCAAGAUGAGCCAGCGCCUCGCAAACCAGCAGCGUGCCAUCAAGGUAUAAGGAGCAGACGUACUUGUCAGCGCGGCUUCAGGGUACAAGGCGGACGCAUAAGCGCGCUCUCAAGGUGCUUAAGGCGGCUCUCUUCCCACAGAAUAGCUGCUAGCGAGGGACAGAUCAGCUGCUCUGCUUGGGAGUCAGGAGCCACAAACAGCUGUGGAGGGUAGUCGUAAUGUCGCCGCCCUAUAGCUUCCUCUGUACACACGUACAUUGCUGGGGUUCGGUGCCGCUGCUGCAACUACAUCGUUCUGCUCUGGGGUGGUGAUAACGUGGCGGAUGUGAGGUGUUGGGCAGUGCAUCGGGUGGCGGUGGCGGCAUGGAGAAGAGCGGAGGACUUGAGCUUGGCGUUGGUCCUAUGUGGUGUGGUGAAACAAUUGGGUGGCAUUAAUGGUGGUAAUGGUGGCUGGGAUUUGUAUGAUGCAGGUGCUCUACAUGCGGGCGCUCCUGUUGAGAGAUACGGGAGACGCGAGCAGGACAGGGGAAUACGUGUGCACUUACCGGUUGAAACGGCUUGCGGAAGCGCCUUGCGUAGCAUGGGUCUGAGGCGGGGUCGGCUUGUUAGUCUGUUCGCUUCGUUUUGACGUCCAUACGGCAAAGGAUGGCGGCGUUUGUGUUCCCGAAAACCGCAACGCACACCCACAUAUGUAGUAUAGGUACUUUUGGUUUGUAAGCUUUUGGCGCGGAGGAAGGGGGCUUCAUACUUAGCCGCGUCACCUCGCAUUCACAGCUUCAAUGUGAGGAGUUGUGGUGGUGUUUUAAGUGGUGGACGCCUUAAAUAUGGUUGGCUAUCUAGUUUUACGGGCCCGUGGCAUGGCCACAUGGGGAAUGGCAUGGCCCCCCUAAUCGCCCAAGAACCGUGUCCCGUACAGUACAGGCUAUGGUUGAGGGGCAUAUCAGUUACUUGCGGCAUUUAAGGACUGUGGGCUGGCUUUCGAGGCUAAGUGCUGUUUACAAACAGUGGGCAGUAGACGGGGCACAGGCACCUUUCCACAAUCGCUGCAGGAAUGGGUGUCUGUUACCAUUUGGGGACUAAGGUUAUCAUGACUGUAG